AUGUUGCAGAACAAAAGCAUCACUCUCGUAUUCGCGCUAGCAGCGACUGUAUUGGCGGUCACGUGCACUGAUGGCACUGACAAGACCACAUACGAUGCAGGCAAAGACCAGGCAAAAGCGCAAUGGGAUGCAUCUUUUCAAUUCACUGGCUGUGAUAGAGUGGACGACCUGUUGCAGAUCACAACAGACAGCGGCCCCACAGAACCGACUUGUCUCGUGAUGGGGUAUCAGGAUCAGUUGUCAAUGAGUUACGCCGCAGCGGUGGAAGAAUGUGACGUAACAUGCGCAGCAGACGCUGAACAAAUGGCCAAGGAGCAAUGGGAUGCGGCUUUGAUUGACAUUGGAUCAGAGUGUGCCAAAGCAGACCAAGUUUUAAGCUACACUCUGGGAGCUGCCCCCGCCACACCACAAUGCGCUAAUGAUGCCUAUGUGGCCAAGAUUCAGGCACUUUACACCGAGAAAUUCAGCAAUUGUAUCGAGGCAUGUCAGGGGAACGGCAAGCAACACGGUUUCCGUCUGGGACAACAGUUCUGUGGUGUAGCCGCCAUACUUUUGGUUGGUGAUCCACUGGUGGUAGCCAUUUGUAAUCUGGAAGAGGAAAGGGCAUGUAAGUUGGCGAUGAAGGAAUAUGCACUGGAUAACUGCGCAGAUGAGUAUAAUAAACGAGGCAUAUUACAAUGA